GGCUUGGCGCUCACUGAACCACCCAGAGAAGCCUUCUCUUCGCUCGCUCUCCGCCCGCCGCGCCAUGAGCGCCGCCGCGUGCCUCUUCGCCGCCGCCGUAUCCCUAACCCUCCCCUCCACCUCCGCCCCCGCCUUCGCAGGCGCAUCGGGCCGACGCAGCCGAUGGAUCCCUGCCGCUCUCCGCUCCUCCCCAACUCGCCGCCGUGGGCCGGUCCGGGCACUCGACGAGCGGCUGCUCGAGGCCGCUGCGGCUCCGGCUGCGAAGGACACCGAAGGGGAGGAGGCAGGUGUUGACGUGGGAGAUGGGUUCGGGGACGCGGAGGGUGAUGGAGUGGGAGCGCAGGAGGUGGUGGAGGAGGAGCAGCGGCCGCCGGCGAGGGCGUUCGUGAAGAGCAGGCGGCAGCGGCAGGAGGAGGAGGAGGCCGCCGCGGGGCAAGACCGGUUCAAGCUCAUCAACGGCAAAGAGAUAUUUCAAGAGAAGGCUUAUCUGGUUGGUGUCGAGUUCAAACGGACAGGAGGGAAUCUCUUCGGCAUAGAGGAGUCUCUUAAGGAGCUGGAGCAACUAGCUGAUACUGCCGGGCUUGUGGUUGUCGGCUCAACCUAUCAGAAGCUUUCUACCCCAAACCCAAGGACUUACAUUGGUUCAGGCAAGGUUUCUGAAAUCAGGAGUGCCAUUCAAGCCCUUGACGUUGAGACUGUAAUUUUCGAUGACGAGUUAUCCCCUGGACAACUACGUAACUUGGAGAAAUCAUUUGGUGGGAGUGUCCGUGUCUGUGACCGUACUGCUCUCAUUCUGGAUAUUUUUAAUCAAAGGGCAGCAACACAUGAAGCUGCUUUACAGGUCACCUUGGCACAGAUGGAAUAUCAACUUCCUAGGUUGACAAAGAUGUGGAAUCAUCUUGAACGGCAGGCUGGAGGUCAAGUUAAGGGUAUGGGUGAGAAGCAAAUUGAAGUCGACAAGCGCAUCUUGAGAACUCAAAUAGGUGCAUUGAAAAAAGAACUGGAAUCUGUUCGAAAACACCGAAAGCUGUAUCGGAACCGUCGCCAAUCAGUUCCUAUUCCUGUUGUUUCUCUGGUAGGGUAUACAAAUGCUGGAAAAAGUACACUCCUGAACCGCUUAACUGGAGCUGAUGUACUUGCAGAGGACAAGUUAUUUGCCACGUUAGAUCCAACAACAAGGAGGGUUUUGAUGAAGAAUGGGACUGAAUUCCUUUUAACUGAUACGGUCGGAUUCAUUCAGAAGUUACCCACUAUGCUGGUAGCAGCAUUUAGAGCAACAUUGGAGGAGAUAUCAGAAUCGUCAGUUAUAGUUCAUCUUGUUGAUAUUAGCCAUCCAUUAGCUCAACAGCAGAUAGAUGCUGUUGACAGAGUAUUGAAGGAGUUGGAUGUAGAGUCAAUCCCCAAAUUGGUCGUGUGGAAUAAGAUUGACAAUACCGAUGAACCAUUAAGAGUGAAAGAGGAAGCUGAGAACCAAGGGAUAAUCUGCAUAUCAGCAAUGAAUGGUGAUGGUCUGGAAGAAUUCUGCAACACAAUCCAAGCGAAGUUGAAAGACUCGAUGGUGCCAAUAGAAGCUUUUGUCCCGUAUGACAAAGGAGAUCUACUGAAUGACAUACAUAAGGUUGGAAUGGUCGAAAAAAUGGAGUACAAGGAAAAUGGGACAUUUGUAAAAGCUCAUGUGCCUCUACCUCUUGCAAGGCUUCUCACACCUCUACGGCAGCAGGUGGUGGCUGCUGUAUGAUCGAUGUCCUCCAGCACAGCAGUCAUUGAUGCCAAUGGCACUCACAUAAUUAGUCCAUCUUGUAGAUUCGCAAAAAGAAUGCCCUUGCUGUACAAAAUUUAGUCAUAGAUUAUCUUUACUGGUUCUUUUUAUCAGCGUAGGGCAUCAACACGUGCACUGAAUUAGAGAGCUGUAUAUAUCCACAACAGAAGUGUAAAUAUUGUCAGCUGAACUUUGCUCAUUUCUCAUUCUGAGAAUCAUUGUCACUCUACAAAUGAAACUGUGCCAUCUGGUACAUCCAUCCAUUGAACAUAGAACAGAAACUGCGAACCCUCUGGUCA